UGUACCAUCCAGGGCGUACACGUGUAUGGCGCACAUAAAAUGCUGCCACCGUCCCCGGAAAAUGUCAUUUCUUGCGAUCUCUUCGAAUCUCUCCCUUCGACACAACCACGAUGCGCUCAACUCCAGUAUACUCCCAGGAUCCGUCCUCUUCUGAACUCCUUCUUGAGCAUGAAUCGACAUCUUCAUUGGGUCCCGGGCGCUGGACCUACCCGACUAAACAUAUGGAGGUCGACCUUGGCCCUCGUAUGUGGGGGCCAUCGCAUGCUCCCUGCUACGGCUUGAACGGGAAGGUCGAAGGCUCGAUCCGCUUUUCAGGCAGUCUAAGCUCGGUAAUCGCAGUCACAUUGACGCUCGAGGUACGCUUUACCACAUCAGAACAACGGUCUUCGACGCUUUUAUCGCGUACCAUUCCCGUGUAUACACCGUUUGCCGCGUCAGCUCCCCAGUGGAACGAUGGCUGCCCGUUCUCACUUCCCAUACCCACUGAAAUCAACACGAAGGGGGGCGUAUCGAGUAUGCCACCAUCAUUUUCUUACUAUAACUACAACACCAUGUGCGACAUCUCUUACUUUAUCAAAGUGUGCAUGGUUCGAAAGAGGAAUGGUUUUUGCACGCAUGAAUCUCGUCUCAUACCAAUCAUGUACCUUCCAAAGUCCGAGUCAUCCCCAGUUCAGAUGAUACCGUCAAAGGUCCAGGAGAUGCCCGUCUCAUCUAUGACACCGCAGUGGCCAGAUUCGAAGAAUAGACGUCGUCCGGUGUGUCCACCUGGGAGCUUUCAUGAUACAAUCUACUUUUCUCUACCUUCCGCCACCUUUGCUUCGGGCGAUAGAAUCCCCUUCUCUGUCAGUCUUGAUACUACCAAGCACUCGCUGUUGUCGCAGGUCUUGGACCAGAACAUACAUAUUGCUCUCGUGAACAGGUUUUCCCUAUGGUCCUCGGCCAACUCAAAACCCGUAUGUUCUGAGCGACAGAUAGCGUCAGGCUUCGUGAAGUCCAGACAUAACUGCCAAGGUAAAAUUCUCUUGCAGGGAUCCAUUCAGGCAGGAUGUGCUGGGAGGGAAAGUUCGUGGCGUCUUGAAGGUGUUGCAAGCAUGGAGUACAUUCUUCGCGUUUAUGUGACCGUCUCCGAGCAUCUCCUCGGGAAAAUCCCUACUUUUCAUCAUGAAACAGUCAUUACGUUAACAACGGAUGAGUGCGGUACAUCACAGCGAGAAUUGAAGACGAUGGGCGGCAUUCCUACGCCAGCUCUUGGUCUUCAAAUUACACACAGUGACGAACCAGUCACUGUUGCCAAUGUUUUCAUUAUUUGAAGAGGACUCAUAGAUGAAUACCAUACAAUGUACUUCAUAUCUAGAUAUUCUAGAUAUAAUAAUGGUGUAAAUAUGAAGCCCAAUUUCCGGCAGGCUUUGAGAAAGUUAUGAAUCAAAGCCGUAUUUUUUAC